AAGAAGAGGUGUGGUCAGAAGAGAAAAGAUCCUCAAACACACAGGUCGAUCACGACAGCGCCUGUGAGGAUCAGCAAAACAUUAUUGGAUUCAGACUACAUAUUUGCCGGUUAACUCCCGAAAUAUUUCAUUUUGUGAAUAAUUCAGACGCACUAAAGGAUUCAGAGAGGAGUUGUGAUUUGUAGGAAAGCCCUCCGUCGACGUCGUUGGAUGUUUUAAUGCCAAAAUGGAUCACUUGUAUCGGGGCGUCUGUGUUUAACACAAAGCUGUCACCGACUGAAUACCUGAAGUAUUUUCAUAAACGAAAGUUUGGCCGGGUCAUGCUGAUGGACCAGGACACUCAGUGGCUGUACUCACUCCUGGCUGAGGUCCAGCUGGAGAAGUUCUACCUGCGCGUCAGAGAUGGACUCAACAUCACGCGCAUCGAUCACUUCGCCUACGUGAAGGAGAGCGACCUGGAGAGUAUCGGAAUCAGCAAACCUGCUCAAAGAAGACUAUGGGAGGCUCUAAAACGCUUCAAGAUAAAAUCACGAUCGCGGCUGCCGAAGCAAUUAAGUCGAGGUCCGGACGGGCCGGAGCAGCUAGGUGGAGGCGUGCCGGCUCAGAUUCAGGAGGGGGGGAGCCGUGCUCUGCCCUGUCUGAUCCAGGACAGCGAGCUGACUCUGGGAGAGAAGCUUGGCUCGGGGUCUUUCGGGGUGGUGAAGAAGGGAGAGUGGCACACACCUACUGGGAGAGUGUUGCCUGUAGCAGUAAAGUCCCUGAGGAGCAGCGCGUCCAGGCAGACGGAAUCACUGACCGACUUCCUCCAAGAGGUGACCACCAUGCAGUCGUUGGACCACCCCAACAUCAUCCGCCUCUAUGGUGUGGUGCUCACACAGCCCCUCAAAAUGGUAACAGAGUUGGCCCCCUUAGGCUCGCUGUACGACACUCUGCGCUCACGUCAGUACCAGUACCCUCUGGUCCGCCUCUGGCUCUUUGCCACUCAGAUUGUGGCGGGGAUGGAUUACCUGGAGACCAGGAGGUUCAUCCACAGGGACCUAGCUGCGAGGAACGUGCUGCUGGCAUCCAGGGAGAUAGUGAAGAUCGGGGACUUUGGCCUUAUGAGAGGCUUGAGCCAGGAGGCCGAUCACUACAUCAUGGCAGCACACAGGAGGAUCCCGUUUGCAUGGUGCGCUCCAGAGAGUCUCCGUAUCGGCUCGUUCUCCCACGCCUCUGACGUGUGGAUGUUUGGUGUCACCCUGUGGGAGAUGUUCACCUACUGUGAGGAGCCCUGGUUCGGUCUGUCAGGCAGACAGAUUUUGUGGCGUGUGGAGCGGGAAGGGGAGCGUCUGGAGAAACCGCCGGAUUGCCCCCAAGAGCUGUACGCCGUGAUGAGGAAGUGCUGGGCCUGCAGUCCGAGCGACAGACCCACCUUUGCUCAUCUUUCUACGAUGGUUGCAGAGGCUAAACCAAAGGAGGUACAAGCAACCAGAGACUUUGCUGAACCCAGGAAACUCGCCCUCGCGGCCAACGACCUUGUGACCGUCAUAGACCAUGGUCUGGAGUUGUGUGAGUGGAGAGGUCAGAACCACAGGACGCAAACAGUCGGCUGGUUUCCUGCCAGCCUCUCUGUGCCUGUUCUCCCUCCUGCUGUCGCCGCCACACUCACCGGCAACGCUGCUUCUAACAUCCCCCACAUCUCAGUCCCACUAAGGGGCAGCCUGCAACACAUCGGGCAUGGAGACAUCAAACCUGAUCGCAACUGGGGAACACCUAAGGGCCUGGACGAGAAUAACAGCUGGAGGCUGAGGGAGAAGGAUGGAACCAAUCUGCAGAAAAUGGCAGGAAUGUCUCUGAGCCUGGAGUCCGUCCUGAGCGGACAACGUCCUCGGGCUCACACAGUAGGCGCGUUCCGAGUGGAUCACCAGGGCCGACUGCUGCCCCUCGUAAUGGGGGCUCACAGUGCGGAUAUGCAGAAGGACCCACGCCGCUUCAGCGAGGCCGGCCUUGCCAGCCUUGCCCCCCCUGCCCGUCCACCGCCUCCCAACUUAAAGCACCUGACAAAGAAACCACCGGCAAGGCCCAGCAUUCAGCCUCUCCCUGGGACCUCAUGGCCUCCACAGGUGGUCAUGCUCCCUCCGGCGCAGACUCAACCUCCACCCCAGCACCUACCUCAACCUCAGCUGGGCAUUGGGGGUUCAAACCUGGCUAAAAUGUCCAACAUGGCACGCUCGACCCCGCAGUUGGAUGACGUCACGGAUGGAGAGAGGGAACGAGGCAGAGAAAGAGACAAGUCACCUCAAGUGCACACCACGAGGGACAACCUCAUCGCACAGGUUAUGGAGGCCGUACAUGGAGUGACCGUUGAAGAGGUUCAUGGUGCACUUCAACGGAAUGACUGGAACCCUGUGAGAGCCGAACAACAACUCAAGUUGGAGCAGCUGUACUCGCUGAGCCUCUGCUCCAGAGAGGACUGUCUUAAGUUCCUCUCCAGGCACCAGUGGAACCUGCAGUUGGCCAGCCGCCACCUGAUCCGAUGGUCACAGGACGACAGACAAGGAACUGGAGAGAGGGAGCGACCCCAAAUUGGCAAUGAAAGACGCGUCUGAGGGGAGCUUUCAGGCUGAUGUCCCCUUACUGUAAAUAAACAAGGGCUGACUUCUUAGCAGCAUCUUGACACACUCUUACACCGGAGAGACCCACUUUCAUCGUCCAGCUCGAUGAUGGGAACAGCUGGGAGGUCAGAUGCAUAGACUACUGUAGAUGGUUGAAUGUCAAAAGAAAACAACUUUGAAACACAUGAAAUGAAAAGAAGACAAUGUUUUAGACUCCGUUUUUAUACUUUCAUAAUACACUAUCUAGCACAUUGUCUUUUCUUGCAAAUAGUUUUUGUACUUUAAUACAUUUGUAAAUACUGUUUUAGAAAUUGUUUUAUUGAAUAAAACUGAUGAUCUGGUCUUAAUAUGAAGCUAUUAUUUCAUGAGUGUUUAAUUUCAGCACGUGACUUUGUUUAACCUUUUUAUCCUCUGCUAAAUUCUUACAUGGAGCAGUUAGUCAGACACACUGUGUGCUAUAAAAUGAUGUGGACCUUAAGCGUUUAUUUCAGUUAAUUUGAAAAGUCCACUUAUAAACUCAAUGAGUUCUAGACCCAAUUUUACUAGACCGUUUACAGGUGUUGGGAGAUCUUGGAAAAAAACAAGUUUGCCUCAAAGUCAGUGUCAGUAAGAGGUCUCAUUUUGAAAAUUGAAAUGCUUUGGGUUUGUAUUUUAUCUUAAAAGAAUAACGUUUAGCAAUUCUAUUUAGCCUGCCACAGUGUACUUGAGGCAAACAACCGCAGGCUACACAACACAACUGAAACUGAAAUAGAAAAGUUUAUGGUAAAGUUGCAUUGGGGUCAAUGUGGGCAGACUUCUAAAAAACUGUGUGGUGUAAAAUGUUUUGGAUGCAAUAUUAUGAGUGACAGUAUUCGGGGCACAACAGAGAGGUCAUGAACUCUUGUGCUGCUGAGGCAUCCACCCAUUCAACCACACCUUGUGUUUACAAUAACCUGCCAUGUUGGUUAGUUAUACAUUUUUCUUCACAGAGCAUAUUUGUCAUGUUGUAGUCUUCUUAGUGGUAUGUGACUGAAAACUAGACGCACUGUGUACAUAGACAAACCAGUGUAAAUAUGUUGCAGAUUUCCCGGUGCAUUGUAAGACCGGUUGCUUUGCAUUGUUGCUUCCUGUAUGUUGUAAUGAGGCACGGAUGGACAUGUGCAGACAUGUACCGGUAAUAAAAUAUGCUUGUAUUUCCUUCAAGGUACCAGGA